GGCAUCAGAUCAUCUUGAGCCAUUGUCAUUUGCAUAACCACACAUGUAUUUCCUCCUUUGAAGCAUCGAACUUCAUGAAAGCCUAGGACUCCAAGGUGUCUCUAUGUUGUUUAAGCAAUGAAUUCUUUGGUUCUAGCUUUUGCCAUGCAUUAACUUCAUUUCUUUUCUGUUUUUAUAUUUUUUCCAAUUUGAUGCAUCCGAAGCUUCAUUCACAUUAAAUAUUGGCUGCCUUUCAUUCAUUGCUAGUCGUAGGUCACAAUUAACAUUGCUACCCUUGAAAGUCAAUUAUUAGCAGUUUCUGUCAAAAACAUGUCCUGUCUGUUCAUGGAGACAAAAGAGGAGUUUAACAACAUACUUGUAGAGGUACAUCCUGGGACAAGCAGAAAUGUAGAAUCAAUGCAAUCCACCAAAUUUGCCAAAAGAAGUUAAAUCCUAAACAUUAAAACAUGUCGGUUUCCUAGAAAAAGAAUGUAACAGGUUUUCUUUACCAUCUGCUCAGAGUGAAAUGUCUGUACAAGGUGGUUGGGUUUGAUUUGAUGACACGACCGUUCCAGCAAAACUAGCCUAGCUACAGCACAACCAAAGUAAUGAGCUGGUCUGGUUGGUUGGUUGGCUGGCUACCUUUUUCAGACACAUCACUAGUUUCCCCCAAUAAAAAGGACUACAAAAGGGGCAAGAGCCAUCCUGGCCUGCCUGGUGAAAUCAUUGGAGCCAUGUGAUUUGCAGAUGGUUGGCAGGAUUAAUUAUAAGUUUAAGAACUACAAUUUAGCAACUAAUUUUUGCAGCAAUGAUUGAUGGUCCAUUCUUCUUAUCAGCCACCAAAUUUCACCGAGAUUAACACGAUGAAGGGAAUUUUUUUUUUUUCCAAAACAAGAUUUUAAAAAAAGGUGAUACGAAGAAUGUUACAUCAUUGCCCAGGUGAAAGGCUAGAAGCCGUGCCCAUGCCAUUGCCAGUCCAGUAUACUUGAAGUUGAAGCUGAAAGCGUCGGCCCCCACGGAACACGUCCAUAAAUCACUGGAUAAAAGGACGAAGGAUCAACUUCUUUUCUUGUUUACUUUAUGAUUUUUCUAACUUUGGGCCUAUUGCCAGUUGGCAAAGAGACAUUUACCAAACAUUCACAGCCUUUUUAGAUGCUAAACACAUUGGACAUUUCCCAUUACCCAUUAAAGAUCUCAACGAUCCAAUUUCCACCAAAAUCAAGAGUGGUGGGCCAGCCAAGUAACCGAUCUUCCACACAUUAACAUCCCAAUCUAACGGUUUAGAAAACGACACAUUUCAUCUAUCAAAACCCACUCUUUUCUUUCUUUGCCUUAAGACAGAAGAAAAGAGAAACCCAAGGUCGAAUAUUUCAGAAACUGCUCUUUGCUUCUUUCUUCAUUUCAGAAGCUAAUAUUCAGGAAAAAACACCCAAAGUUGAAUAUUUCUUUGAUUUUUAUUUUUGGAUAAAAACAUUAAAAAUAGAAAAAAAAUUGUAUAAUCUAAAUUUUUUAAGGAAUUUUUUUUCUUGAAAUAAAAUAUAUAGAAAAACCCAAGCAUGGACAAGAUCUAAAUCCCCAGCAACACUCUCAUCAGUGAAAAACAUAAAUAAAGACAGGUGAUUCUCGUACUCAUCAGCCUCCAUGCUCCUUCACUCUCAUUCAAUCAAGCUCAGCCCGUGGAUCAUCCCCUUCCCUGAUCCAUGCCAUGACCCUUACGUCCUUCAUAUCUAGGGUUUCUAUUUCCAACACGAUCUUCAUUGCCCGCCACCAGCAUGUCUUCCGAGAUCAACGGCCAGGUUUCGCCUCAGCCGUGUCCCCAUCUCCUCGACUUCCGCUCCCGCAAUGGCUUCAAGCCGUUUCGCGCCUUCCAGGACUUAAUCCGCGUCAAGCGGCCCGGCGGUCUCCCCGCCAUUCGGAGGGAAAUCUCCGAGGUACCCCGAUGCUGCACGUGCGAGGAAUCAUCCCGUUCGAGGCUCUACGCGUGCGUCGCCUGCGCCGCCGUGUUCUGCUACGCCCCUCCGCUUCAUUCGCACGCAUCGGCUCACGCGCUAUCCAAUCCCGGCCACGAGAUCGCCAUCGACGUCGACCGCGCUGAGCUAUUUUGCUGCACUUGCCGUGACCAGGUCUACGAUCGCGACUUCGACGCCGCCGUCGUCUUCGCCCAAACUGUCACCAUCACCGCAACCACCUCCACGUCCGGAUGCACCGUAAUGCAAUGUAACAUUGCCGGAUUUCAACCGGAAAAUCUCCGAAAGCGCCGUCGAGUUGACAACCGCCCGUGUUCCCCAGAUUCAAGGGAACACGUCAUAAUCGGAAACCAUUUGUUUUCUCUCCAUGACGCGACCAAUGCCUCAUUGAUUUCGUCAACAGAAAUACCUUGGGGAUUACGCGGAUUGAAUAAUUUGGGGAAUACUUGCUUUAUGAAUUCAGUUUUACAAGCAUUGCUCCAUACGCCGCCGUUGCGAAGCUAUUUCUUAAGAGAUCGGCAUCAUAGAUAUUAUUGUCAGCAAAAAAACGGUGCUAUUAAUGGUACUAAAAGUUCAAGACUAUGUUUGGCAUGUGACAUGGAGGCGAUGUUUUCGGCUGUCUUUUCUGGGGAUCGGACUCCUUAUAGUCCAGCCAAGUUCUUAUACAGUUGGUGGCAACAUUCGGCAAAUUUGGCUAGUUAUGAGCAGCAGGAUGCGCAUGAAUUUUUCAUUUCCAUGCUUGAUGGAAUUCAUGAAAAGGUGGCGAAGGAAAAAAGGAAGUCCCAGAGUCCAGGCAGUGGAGAUUGUUGCAGUGCUCACAGAGUAUUUUCUGGUAUUCUGCGAUCUGAUGUCAUGUGUAUUGUUUGUGGUUUCACAUCCACAACAUAUGACCCAUGUGUAGACAUUUCCCUGGACUUGGAACCAAACCAAGGGGUUUCUGGGAAGUCUUCAUCUGCAAAAUCCCAUAAUUCUUGCAAUGUUGAGGCAGAUUGCAUGGGUUCAAACCAAAACUCUGGGAUAUCUACUUUAAAGGGUUGCUUAGAGCGAUUUACAAGAGCUGAGAAGUUGGGCUCUGAUCAGAAAUUUUUCUGCCAAAAGUGUGAGGUGAGACAAGAGUCUCUUAAGCAGAUGUCCAUAAGAAAGCUUCCAUUAGUUUCGUGCUUUCAUAUUAAAAGAUUUGAACAUUCUUCAAUACAAAAGAUGUCAAGGAAGGUUGACCGGUAUCUGCAGUUUCCUUUUUCAUUGGACAUGGCUCCAUAUCUCUCUUCUUCCAUUUUGAGGAGCCGAUUUGGAAACAGGAUCCUCCCUUUUGAUGGAGAUGAACAAGAUGCAUCCAAUGAGUUAUCAUCCGAAUUUGAGUUGUUUGCUAUUGUCACACACACAGGUAGAUUAGAUGCUGGCCAUUAUGUGACUUAUUUGCGAUUAAGUAAUCAAUGGUACAAGUGUGAUGAUGCUUGGAUUACUAGAGUUAAUGAGAGCAUCGUGCUUGCUGCACAAGGAUACAUGAUGUUUUAUGUACAGAAGGUGUUGUCUUAUAAAGCAAGUGAAAAGCAAGCUGCCUCAUGAUAUAAUGUUCAGAGAUAAGAAUUUGGUUUUCAAUUCAAAUUAUAUAAGGCAUCAUUCGGAGUUGUGUGUCUAAUAUGGAAUUACACAUUUGAUGUCAUGGCUAGUUUUGUAUACCAUGAAAACAAGCUUUAUCAAGCUGCUCUGAUCAUUGAUAAAAGACUGGGCUGCUUGUUCGUUCCAAGCACUUCAAAGGGUAAUUUAAAAUACUCGAUUGGGGUGUUAAGUGAGCCUAAAUUUUUUAGGCUCUCCAAUAUUCAAGAAAAUCAAUUUUAUAAGGUAUGCAUUCCUUAAAAUGAUUUCUGAAUUUCUUCUUCCUAUUCAUUCAAGUGUUGGCCUAUUAAUUUUUUUCCCUUUUUCAUUCUAAUCCUCUCUCAAAGGAUCCGCAGAGAGUUGUAGUUUACUCACUUGGCAUAUUGAUACCAACAGACCGAUUUACAAUUAUCCUUUUCAUAGGGCUGACGAUCAUUUUCUUGCUUGGAAAGCACUCAAUACUCAUCCAUCCCUAAUACUGAGUCUGGCUGUUGACUUAAUACUUGUCUCUGUCAUGAAGAGUGCAAGAUCGAAGCACGAAAGAAAAUAGUAAAGUUAAUCCUAAAACCAUUUUCGUUGCAGGAUCAUCUAUGGCAUAUGGAGAGUUGAUAAACGAUAAGCCAGGCACUUCAAGCAUAAAGACAGUUUAAAUAUCAAAAUGUACAUGGGUUUUACAUGAGCAGUAAGCUUGAACUGGCUAUGCCUUGUUUCAUUUUUCUGGCUCAGGGUCCAUUAUGUUUGAGGGAUUUUUUUUCAUUGAUCAAUGAAGCUAAAGCCCUAAGCUUGUGAUUAACCUGUUAUUCUGUAGUUUAUGAAGUGCAUGGAUGAUAGUUUUUCUUCAUUUAAGUCAUAAUUACUAAUUGUAUUUGUAACUAUCAACCAGGUU